CCUCGAAUCCCCUUGCUUGGCUCACAUCCACGGGGAUCUAAAGGAACCUGCCCAACCAAACGGGCAUGCUUUGACAGUGACGUCGCAUCUCCUCGCUAUGUCACCCUUACCGCCGUCGCCGCAGUCGCCGCCGAGCUCAAAAGCCCUCAGCGAGGAACGCACGAAAGCGCCCAAAGUAAUCCUCGAUCGUUUGCUCGCACUCUCGAACGACCUCGUCAUUGAGGGCGAAGUCACGCCUGUCCAGGCAUGGAAUCGCAUGCAGCGCGAGCCCUUGUUCGGCCGGUUGCGGCUAGGUGACCUGCGGUCUUUGGCGAAUCAGUUGCUGGAGACUGUUAAAUGUCAUGGAUAUGGCGCCGUAUUGCGAGGAGAUGUUUUUGAGCAUGUGCUUCGUCAGGCGCUUGCAGCAGCAGAAUCAAGGAACGCAUGACCCUGAGAUCAAAGAUUUCAGGCAGGAGCAAAAGAUCCUGGAGAUCUACUCUGCAGCUUCUUAACACAUGUAUAGCAACUCGCCGCAACUAGAGCGCCUCCACUGCGACUUGUGAAUCUAGUUUCUGUUUUGCGCCACUUCCUUCUUCCAACGUCAGAAUCUGAACUCAAACUGCAACAUGUAGCGAAGAGGUGCAAGCCGUCCGCCC